AGACUUAGCUGAGUUAUAGGCUCUAAAGUUGCUUUACUAGUAUAGAAUACAACGCCGCUAAGUUCGGGGAUUCGGCGAGAAGCGGGCGGGAAUCGAAUAUUGGGUCGGAGCUGGGACAUUCUCCUCGGCCAAUUAGGAACGCAUUUCUGUCACUCUUGCCUGUUCAUCACUCUUGUCGUCCGCGCCAUGCUGGAAGAUGAAACUGAAGUUUUAGACUGGGGAAAUGAGGAAGAAGACCGGAGCUUUGGGGAGCAGGAUCCAAGCCUUGCCGCCGAGGACGCAGAAGAUGCUGUGUCGCUUGGAGGCGAUGAGGACGACGAAUUUUUGACUUACCAGUCUCGCGUUUCACAGGACACUACUACCCAGCGUACACAGUCUCCUUCAAAGACUGUGCAUCAUCCCGAAAAGCAUCAAGAGAUUGCAGCUACUGGUGCUGACGCUCGGGCCAAGGCUCCUGAGCAUGACAGACCCAAGACGCCGGCAAGGCUUCAGGAAACACAGACAGUUCCUGAGCCAUCUCCAGCCCUCAAUCGCCAGCUAUCGUUUGGGAAACUUACUCAUGCUCUUCCUCCAAAACCAAUAGUGUCUUCGGUUCCAUUUAUGCAUCCUUCUCAUCCGUCCAUCAUUGAAGCUACAGCCAUGGCGGCUCGCGUCGACCGGGACAAGAAAAAUGGCAUUGUCUCCAAACCCGCGACCUUUGAAUCAGGGGAUGCACUUCCCCCAGAUUGGGAGGUUAGACAUCCUAGAAAUGGCCGCGGCGUCUAUUAUUAUAAUUCUCGUACCAAGGAAUCGACCUGGACGCGUCCUGGCAGCUCAACGUCUGCUCGUGAUCGGCGCGUUCCUGACGACACCCGGGAUAUCGCUAUCAUCAGCAAGCCUGAUGAUUCCCUGACUUCCCGUAUAGGUCGGUCGGAGGCUGUUACCAUUUUGUCCUAUGACGAUCGUCAUUACCGUCCUGGAGAAAGUACUCGGCGGGAUGAGCGACCGCCUAUGCAAUCUUACGACAGUCAAAAUGAUUCUUUUUUGGCAUCCAACAGAGCCAACGGAGAACGGUCCCUUUCGUCGCCUCCACGUCACCGCGCAGAUGACCGUGUUCCGUCUUCUCGUCGUCUGCGGUCACCUUCAGCUAACGGGGAACAGAAUAGGGGCAGACCCUCCACAAAGGACACUGCGCGCCCUGACUCACCUAUAGCAGAUGCAGACCGCGUGUGGGUAGCACCUCGAGUUCCGUCACCUGUCGAUCGGCCAGCGCUGCACGAAGGCAAACAUCGUGAAGCUGAGCAACCUCCUCACAAAGAGCGCGAGCGUCGCGAGUCCCCUCGCGAUGCCGACAGAAUGUCGACAACAAUACCAUAUUUCGUUCUUUCUUAUUCGACUUCUUCCUCGCAUGGACACACGGUCGCUCAUCAUGGAUCCCUAUCUUCUUCCUCCUUUUCCCCCUAUCCUUAUAUCUAUCCUCCGCUUUUUUCUUUUCCUAUUUGUUAUUCUCUAGGACUCAGAUCGCCCAUCAGUCACAACCGUGACACUCAGUAUCCGCCUAUAUUACCGUCUUCGAAUGAUUCCGACAUUGCGCGCACUGGGUUGUCAUCCGCAGCGAGGCAGAAAAGUCGCUUUGCUCAAGCGCCUUCUGCCCAGACGGACCAACGACCACUAGAUUUGCCCGACAAGCCCUCGCGACCUCAAGCCAGGUCGCUUAGCACAGAUGGCACUCGCUCUCGUUAUCGAACAAGUGAUCGCCAUAAAGCUGAUGCAAGAGCUCACGAAAGCCCCGACAUGACGCCUCAGCCGUUGCCCCAAGCUUCGCAGGAGCAGUUGGUACCCCCACCCCCAUCCCCUCCAAUCGAACGUACGUAUUCUUCACCCAUCCGCUCUUCCUUCCUCAUGCCAACGUCGUCUGCCAUUCGCGUGCAUCUCUCGCUUGUUCAGGCUCUCGAAAACGGGUGCCUUUGCCACCGCAACGUGACAGUUUUCAGGAGGGUUCGCGUGGCAAAGCGGACGCUGAAUACCGCUCGCCACCAUCUACCACUCGUGACAGUGGUCCGGCUUCUCGGUUGGUCAUCAACGAUGCACGCAUUCCUUCAGGUCCGCGCCUGUCUCCUUUGGAGACGUCAAGAGAACACAGAUCCUCCGACCUUAGUAGAGGCUCUCGGCAAGCGCCUUCCAGUUCUGCGCCUCACUCGAACUCUCAGAUAGAUUCCCACGCUCAUCAUGAGUCUAGGGACAAACGAGACAAAGAUCAUAUGGAUGUUGAUGACCCUCCUCCAGCUAGUCUCGCCAAGUCCAAUGAACCUUCUCGACAGCUUGCGACCAGUCAGCGCUAUCGAGAGGAUCGCGAUGGCUCUGCCCCUAAACGCCCUCGGGCGAUGAUGGACGAUACUGAGACGUCCGCACGACGGAGAUCUCCAGAUCGCCCAUGGAAAGAGCCCUAUCGCCCAUCACAUGACGAUGUGUCUCGAGGGCGGGACGAGCCUCGUGCUCGUGCUGAACCAUCGACUCGGACUUCUCGCGAAACUACCCGUCGUCAGGUUGAUAUGUCAAGGCCGCCUCCUAGUGCUCCAACGCCGAAGCUCUC